AUGCUGCUGCACCUCCUGCAGCACCAGCUGCAGCACGCUGCUUCGCUGCACCACAGCCACACACAGAAACAGCAGCAGCAGCAGCAGCAGCAGCAGCAGCAGGUGCAGCAGCAGCAACAGCAGCAGCAGCAGCAGCUGCUGCAGCAACAGCAGGAACGCCACCAGGAGCUGCAACAGCACCAGCAACAGGACCAGCACCAGAAGCAACACCCACAGCAGCAACAGCAACAGCAACAGCAGCAGCAGCAGCAGCAACAGCAACAGCAGCAGCAGCAGCAGCAGCAGCAGCAGCAGCAGCAGGUACAAACCUUGCUGUCAACCCCGUGCUGCAUCAUAGACUUGAUGAGUUUCAGCUGCUUCUGUGCUGCAACAUAA